AUGCCCAAAGGGAACGGAGCCAAAGGGGAAAAGCUGACCCUCAAGGUUAUCAAAAAGGCAAUAUGGAUGACCCUGGAUGGACAUCGCAGACUCAACCUUAGCAACAUGGGCAUAACCAUCUUCCCAAAGUGUGUCCUAAAACUGACCAACGUGGACGAGUUGGACCUCAGCCGCAACCUGAUACAGAAACUCCCAGAUAACAUUGGGAGCUUCUGGUCAUUGAGAUUGUUGGAUCUACACAGCAAUAAGCUGGAAUCUGUGCCCGAGUCCAUCGGCAACCUGGUGGGACUGACCCACCUCAACCUCUCCAACAACCGGCUAAUCUCCGGAGGUUUACCGUCCACGCUAGGUUCUCUCACCAGCCUGAAGAGUCUCAAUCUGGGAAUGAACCAGCUCGACACCCUGCCUCCCACUAUGGAGGCUCUAGAUGGUCUUCAAGAGUUAGGUCUUUUUGAUAACCUCUUCAUCAAUCUACCAGAGUUUUUAAAAGUCCUACGCAACCUCACAAAGGUGAACAUGAAACGAAAUCCUCUAUCGUAUGUUCAGGGGGAUAGUGAGGGGAUGCACAAGGAACAAGCAGAGGAAGAUGUGUAUCUGGUCCAUGAGAGCAGCCUGUGUAGGACAUGCCUCAAGAAAUGUCAAGAGCAGAGGGAAGGAUUUACAGGAGGAGGAGGAGGAGGAGGUGACGUGUUUGAGGAGAAAAGGAUAAGGAUUUAUCACGGAUUGAUGGUGCCAAACUCAGUGGCUACAGUCAAUCAAGAUGUGUGGAGAAUAAGAAAGGUGGAACACAAGCCAAUCAAAUGA